AUGGCAGUAUCGGAGGAAUUAGAGGAGGUGAUAGGAGUGUUGGAAGGCAAGUUCGAAAAGCCGGACAUAAGGUCAACAAUUGAAAACCUAAUGGACGAGUACGAGUUCUCAGACAAGGCAGUGGUGGGAGCGUAUAAGCGCUGCAAGGACGAAAAGGUCGAGGACGCAAACCUGAUGUCGUGUUUCAUAGGAGGGCUGUACAGGGAAAAAAUACUGGAAAACCACAAAAUUAUGCUCUGCGCCUCGGAAUACUUCUCAGGAACGUACAUGGACUGCUUCCUAACGUGCUUCGAAAACUACACACCAGAGUGUUUGACAUGUGCGGGAGAACAUUUACCGAAUCUGAUAGACUGUAUGCUAGGACUUCCAUACGAGUUCCAAUAG